AUAUUGGUCGUUCUGGUACUAAAUUGACCGCCAUCGGUGUUGCCGCCGCCGUAGUCGUCGUGUGAGUGAGCGCCAGACGCAGCUAAGACUCCAUAUUGGCACCUCUCUCUUUCCGCUUUCAAAGUUCCUCCAACUUUCAUUGAACUGAAAAAGGCCAUUGCUUUUACAGUUCCAUAGAGUGUUCGCAGGUUAGUCAUAAGUCUCCUAGGGUUUUAGCCUUCAGGGUUUUUGUUCUCUCUUCCUAGAGCCCCAUUUUGAUUUGGGUUUUUGCGCUUCUCUUUCAGAUCCUCAAAUGCGGCGUACAUUGAUGUCGCUUCCCAGCCGUCUGCUGGCGUCCGCGCGGCAGUUCUCUACCAACUCCGACAAAAUUGUAGCCUCCGUCCUCUUCGAAAGGCUGCCCGUCGUCGUUCCCAAAAUCGAUCCGGUGGUUUACGCUUUCCAGGAGUUCUCGUUUCGGUGGCAGCAGCAGUAUUCCCGCAGAUAUCCGGAUGAGUUCUUGAACAAAUCCAACUCCAGGGCGCAAGGUGAAUACCAAAUGGAGUAUGUCCCAGCCCCAAGGAUCACAGAAGCUGACAAAGCAAAUGAUAGAAAGUCACUAAACAGGGCAUUGGAUAGAAGGCUUUACCUUCUUCUGUAUGGAAAGUUGCAUGGAUCUUCUGAUGACAAACCCGUCUGGCAUUUUCCACAGAAGGUUUAUGACACCGAAGAUACGUUACGCAAGUGUGCUGAGACUGCGUUACAGUCUGUGUUAGGGGACCUCUCCCACACAUAUUUUGUGGGUAAUGCUCCUAUGGGUCACUUGGUGGUUCAGCCUGCAGAAAAGGCACCAGACCAUGGUUACAAGCAAUUCUUUUUCAAGUCCCAGGUGAUUGCGACCAACAAGUUCAAGAUCGGCAAGUGUCAGGAUUUUGUUUGGGUGACCAAGGAUGAACUGCUAGAGUUUUUCCCAGAGCAGGCUGAAUUCUUCAACAAGAUGAUUAUCAGCUAAUUCCAGUGGAUGGAUGCACCACCCGGUUUUUGAUAAUUAGAAGAAGCUCUCUUUAUUCUCAGGAAUAAUCUGGCAAGGUCUUGUAGUGGUGCGGCCUGAUUCCCUUUUUUCUUGUUUUCAGAAUAGAGAAUAGGCUCUGCUCAAACUUUGGCCUCAGCUUACUAAUGUUUGAUUCUUAAGAUUAAACCAACCUUUGAAGAAUUCUAGAGCAUUUGAUGCCCUCUUAUUCUCAAAUUCAGCAAACUGAAAAUUCUAAAGAGCGUUUGGAAGCAUGUAUUAUGCCCACUAAUUUUCAGAAUCCGUGCGUUUUUUUUAUA